AUGUCUAGCUACAAGCCUGUAGCUAUCUCUUCUUUCCCCAAACUUGGUGAAAAGAUAACGCAAGAUACCCUGUACUGGAAGCGUUACAAGGUAACAGAACUAUCUUUAUUUUAAUCAUUUCUGAACGAAAAGUUUUAAUUUUGUUUCAUUUUUGUGGUUACGUUUGUAUGUAGUUGCAGUAUGUAAAAGGAAACAGAAACUGAUAGUUUUGUAUGUGCUAAACAUGAUGUAGGAGUCUAUUUGCUGCAAAUCCUGAGGUUUGCAAGGGGUGGAUUGUAACAAGGAUAGAUAUGUAUCAAAUGACCAAAUGAUUUCCCUCUCCGUAAAAUCAGUACAAUAUCUCAAAGAUAACGUGUCACUAUGUAGUGCAGUGGUUGUCAACCUUUUUCUAACUACCGCCCACUAAUGCAUCUUUCUUGAUGGAAAAAUUUCCUUACCGCCCACCAGUUUUCGUGCAAGUGCAGAAUAUUUUUUAGAAAGGAGGGUGUUUUAAAAAAAAAUAUAUAAAUUACGUACAUUUAUCUUUAUUUCUACUUAAUGCAUGUUUAUAAUGUUUUUAACUUUAUAAAGUUUAAUGAGAAAACAAAGUAAAUUGAAAUUACCUUUACUAGUGAUUAAUGAGAUCGUUGAGGCUGAUGCUGCAAGACUAAAUAUUUGAUAUCUGGUUCGAUUUUCGUAAGGAACAAACGAAGGUCUCCUCUUUUGGUGAUAUUCAGACGACUUCUCUGUUUGCGCAUAAUAUGAUUUCUCAUCUGUGCGUCAGCUCAUCUCCUCUCCCUCCUCAAUUCCCCUCUCCACCUUUUUUUUUUUUUCCCCCCCAUUUUUUCCCUAUUUUUUAACCUUCCUUAUAGCAAUGCUCAGUAAGAAGGCUGAGCUAGGUAGCCCACUUACUAUAGCCCACUAUAACAGACAGGCACACAUAAAUACAGACAGGCACACAUAAGCACAGACAGGCUUUAACAGCGUGACCGGGCCCCCUGUUAUUACAGCACACGCUGGGAGGAAGUGACUGCAUGUCACUCCUCCCAGCUAACACACAGACCGCGCGGGAGGAAGACCAGGGAGUCAGAGUAGGAACCUGUAUGCCUGUAUGCGUGUGUAUGUAUGUGUGCCUGUCUGUAUGUAUGACAGGCACACACAUACAGAUGCGCGGGCAGGCGCGCACACGCACACAGACAGGCGCACAGACGUGCGCACACGCAUACAUAGACAAAACGCACAGACAGGCGCACAUAUAUACAGACACACACACACACACACACAAAAUAUUGACUUUUUCCCUGGGGUCCAGUGGUGGCUCAGGUGGAUGGGAGUCAAAGUUCCUACUCUAACCCCUGGUCUUCCUCCCGCGCAGUCUGUGUUAGCUGGGAGGAGUGACAUGCAGUCACUUCCUCCCAGCGUGUGCUGUAAUAACAGGGGGCCCGGUCACGCUGUUAAAGCGCCCAGCGCUGACCAGGCCCCCUUACAAUCCACAUCCAUCGGGUGGCCCUGACAGCAUGGGCAACCCGAUGGACCCUUUGGAUGGCGGCCCUGGCGGUUUGCUGCCGGGGCUGCAAAUGGUGACGGCGGUACCUGGUCGCAGGGGUACCGCCGGCUCGCACCCACCCUCUCGCCCACCCAAUCUCUGAAAUUGAGGAAAUCCUAGGUUGACGAUCCAUGAUGUAGAGAGACGUUGCUAUUACACUAAAUUGUGUCCAUGUAUAACGUUUAAUAUACAGUGUAGUAGGGUAUUAAAGAGCGAACAGUCCAAUUUCUAUGACUAUCAGCGUCUUCUUAUUUCUGGAUGGUACUAAGGCAGCCCCAAUUUGAAGUGUUCCGAGCCUAACCAGUCACUCACCUAAAUAUUAUAUGCAUUUGUAGGUAGUUUGUGGAGCCAGGUUUAAUCUAUAUUCUCAAAUAAUUAUGAAAGACUUUCAAUCUCUAUUUUUGAAAGGAUGCUCUGAGCUACAUAAGUAACCACCGCAACAGUGCUUAAAAUUAGAAGUCCAAAGGUAAUAGCCAAUCCUUAAAAGUUGCUUGUCAGUACAAGGCAUAGUAUGCUCACCAGGGAGGUAAUUUCUACUCUAUAGGACUAAAUUUGCACUUGCCAGUGAUGAGUGGAAGUUUUGGGCCCUGACUACAGUUUAUUGUAGUCAGUGGGAUAUUUAGGAUUUGUGCUGUCCUUGGCAGGACGGUGCUCAGGCACCCCCCUAAAUAAAAUUAAAUUUUUCCUCACCACUUCCUGUCAAGGCCGCACUUUGACUGACAGACGCACACACUCUCAUAUACACUGACAAACCAUGAGAGACACACACACACACACUCUCACUGAUUUGACACACUGAUAGACAGACAUACACUUACUCGGAGAAUACACUCAACUGACGGGAGCGCGCACAUAAAUUCACUGACACACACACAUUAUUAAAAAAAUGUAAAAUUUAAAUCCACCUAGCCUCCCUACUUUUAGGAUAGCUCGGUGGAUAUUUCACCUGGGGUCCAGUGAUUAUAUGGUAAAUAGAAAAAUGUAUCACCCGCAGAACUUCUGCAAAGCAAUGCUCUCAGUCAUUCUUUUUCAUGUCAAAAUCAGAAUGGUUUUGCACCUCAAGCUGUUAUGUGCCGUCACUUUUUGUUUCAUAUUAUGUUAAUGUGUCACUUUUGUACAACACUCCUGAUUAUGCUGGUGCUUUAACAAUUGAGUAAACCAGUAGCAUUAUAUCUUUACUUGCCAAGAAACAGAUGACUAAUGGCUUGUUAUAAACACGAAGUCUGAAGUCUACAGUUUACAAAUCCUGUCCCUUUAGGAGUUAAUAUAUGGAUGAAGAUAUAUAUAUAUUUACACUCUCCAGUGUAGCCCUAGGCAAUAUCCAGUUACACUGAGCACAAACACACACAAAGCACCCAUAUACAUAAAUGAUCUAUUUAUAUACAGCCAUAUGCAAUCAUUACAGCACCUCUAAAAGUGAAUGAAUAACAAGUGCAUUUUACGUUACAACCCAAGCAAAUAAAAAUUCUCCCCACAGCAGUGAAAAUAUUAAACCCGGUGAAUACAUAUUUAUUUUUUAAAGAAAGGGUUAAAUUGCAAUUGUAAAAUUUGCGGACACUUCCAUGUGCUAUGUAUUUAAUUAAAACUCCGUGCCUCCUAUUUAGCACCUUGUACCACAGUGCACCCUGACUGCAAGAAUUGGCAAGGUUCUAUCGUGGACUCUAACUCCCAACAUUCUUAGAAUGUUUGCAGCCAGUGCGUGGUGAGAGUAGCAGUUCACAAAGGCUGCCUUUCACCUGUUCCAAGCAAUGGCUGUUGCAUUGUAACACGGAUGAAGGGGAAGAUUGGAAUAAAAAAAUAAAAAAAAUCCUCUUACCUGAUGAGAUUGAGGAUCCUGACAGACUGAAGUUACUAGAUGUCGCCAUCCCUGUGCUGGGACAGUAAAGUAAAGAUCCCACUGCUGGGCAGGGAGGCGGGCGGCGAGGGAGCACUUUCCCCUGAGCGCGCUCAGCUCAGUCGCGCGCCGCAGAGUGAUGCCGGGAGUCGGAAUAUGAUGUCUGCGGGGGAGCCCAAAGGUGGCCAGUUCUUGGGCUCCCAUAAAACGAGGCAAACAAGGUAGUUGCCUGGGAAUUUGGGGGCAGCGUUUUUUGCCGCCCCCUGGAAAUUGUCACCCGAGGCAAAUGCCUUGUUUGCCUCGUGGUACACUUCCCUGAUUGUAGUAGUUAUAAUCCUAUGAAUCUAUUGGUACAGUAUCCAAGAGUUGUCAGACCACAAGGUACUUCGUGCCUAUUUUAGAAUCUGUUGUGGAUCAAUCUGUAAAAAAGCUAGAUACACGAUGGAUUUUAAUGAAGUGUUCAUUUUAAAGCAUUUAGCUCUUUCUUACACAUCACUUUUAAUAGGUUUUUAUCUAUGGUAUGUGGUAGAAGCAUUUUUCUGUCCUUUAAGCAAGCAUACUUUUUAAGAUGUGGCUUUAUUGGUUUCGAUGAUGUUUGCAAUUUAAAUAUAUUCUGAUCUUUGUUGGCAUCUGGAAGAAACGUUAAAUGGAAAAAAGUAAAUCAGCGGCCAAAUACGAACAUGUGCUUUUUAUGCUUAAGAUCCUCCUGGUAUAGUUUCCCAAACUAUGCCCUUUAGAGGCCAACAUUUUUGGUUAGUUUUAUUUUGUUUGUUCCAUCCUGGAUAUUGACAUUAAUUUUUUUUUACUGCAAACUAUUAUUUAAAUAGCCAUGGGCUUUCCAUCUAUUUCUUUAAUUCUGGCAAAGGUUAUGUCUUACAUGACUGGUUAAUGAUGUAAAGAGAGCAGUAUAGUAGUAACACAUAAAAAUAUAUUUCUGGGCAACGCAAAACAUUAGUUUACACUAGAUGGCAUUUCAUUGCAUGUACAAGUAUUUCUGUUCUGUCGUGAUGGUGUAACCGUAAUUUAUAGCUUAUUUUAUCAAUAACUUUUUCAUGUAUUUUUAUUCAUUAGACACCCGUUCAGAUUAAAGAAUUUGGUGCCAUCACAAAAAUACACUUCUCGCCUAUACAGCCAUGUAACUUCGCGGUCACAUCCUCUACAAGGGUAAGUGUAAUUGUAAAGGUACUUCUCACAUAAUGGUAAACUUUUUUUUUUUUUUUGUACAAGUUUUGCUUUUAAACCCAAUCUUUAUAGUCCCAUUUUUAAAUGUAGGCUUUAGGCACCGUAAGUCCUCCAUCUCAAUGAAGUGGUUAUAGUGUCUGAAGACCCCUGGCACCAUCCAUCCCUCCAUUCAACGUUGGACAGUUUCAAAUGUUUUCAUGCUAAAUGAGUCCCCAACAACCUGCCCCCUAUGUGCUCCUUGAGUUAAUUAGGAAACAUUAGCCUGAACAGCAAUUGGCCUAUUACAGCCAUUCAUUGCAGGUAUUAAUCUCUACCCCACAACAAAAACAGAAUAGGAGAACUCUGAGAAUGAGCAAAAGCUCAGAGAAACCUCAGUAACUUGCCCUUCAUUUAGUCCGCGCUUUCGGACGUGGAAUCGGUUUGAAAUGUAAAUAACAUAGGUUUGCUUUGUAAUGGCACAAUUGAGCUAAAAUCUUUGAGACCUGAGCAGUACUAACUGAAUGGAAAGAUAUAGAGGUUUCUGUGAUUUUUUUUUAUUUUUUAUUUUUUAUUUUUUUUUGGUUCCCAAAAAUUUGUUUUAAUUGCAAUUGGUGUCUUAGCCAUGCCUCCAGUGGGGCCUGGGAUGUGGGCAUACGGAGACCAUCAUUCAGUAUUUUAUUGCACGAAAAUAGUAUUGCAGUGAGUGGAAUGGCAAUAGCAUAGGCACUAUUAAAUGAUCUGAAAUGGUUAUAGUUUCUAGAGUGUCCCUUUAUCUGCGCUCAUUCAUGUGAGCCAGUAAAUUUACCUAGCCUCCCUGUUUGCUGUCUGUAGGAUCAGUCCAAGAUUUCAGAUGUAUACAUGCAUAGUUGCAUUUCUUCUUUCGUUCUUUGGAUUCUCUUUCUUGGUCUAAUGUCCUGAUGGCUAGUCAAGUAAUAAAGUUGAAUUUUUCUUCCUCCAGAUUCAUGUCUAUGGCCAGUAUUCUCAAGAACCUAUAAAAACCUUCUCCCGCUUCAAAGAUACCGCUUAUGGUGGUACAUAUCGAGAUGAUGGGAAGCUGCUUGUCGCAGGCUGUGAAGAUGGAGUUGUUCAGCUCUUUGACAUCAAUGGAAAAGCUGCUCUUAGACAAUUUUACGGUCAUAACAAGUAGGUAUUAUUGGUUUUAGUAUGAAAUGUCACAGAACGUAUCUUCGGUAGACUGUUUUGCCGCAGUUUAUCCUGCCAGUCGUCGAACCUCUUAUAAACCUGUUGGUACCCACCAGGCUUCUGCAGAAGAUGUCAAUCAUUCUUUGGUGGAGAGCAUCAUCUGAUCGCUCUCAGCUAAUGAAUAAAACUCUGUGCAUGGAAUAUGCACAGAAUUUACAUUCCAAACUGAUUAUACUGCUGCAGGUCGAGUUACACCUCAAGCAGCAAAAUAAAAUAUCUGUGUGUAGAGUUUCUGAAAUGCUGCACAUACAGACUCCAGUGUUUUGAAGUCAUUAUGGUGCUUGAAACAACACUUUAAAAAUAUAUAUAUAAUUUAUUUCGAUAAUUACAUCUUGGCAGACAUUCCCACAGAAUUAUCCUUCCCAGAAGAGAACACUGGCAAUGACUAACCAUACCCAAAUUUCACGUGCUGCCCAGCCAGCCUUAACACUUCUGGGUGAUAUUAUGUUCGAUGUUUAAGAAUCACUAAGAAUACCUAUUGGUGCAGAGUUCAUAUUUACUGAGCUGUCAGAAGCAGGUAGAUUACUUUUAUAUGGAUUAGAGAGAUUAACUUCAUUGUUGUUUUUUUAUUUCUUUAGUUACUGGCAAUAUGUUUCUUAACAUUCUUAUUAACCGGCAGUACAGUUGAAUUUUAGGAUCCCAUUAACUUGUGUACAAGAUUCAACUUCGCUUAGUGUAUCGAUGUGCAGUGAAUGGUGUACACUAUGGUAUUGGGUAACUGGAAUAAAAAGGCUUUAUUAACUAAACACUGAAUUGUAGUGAAUUGAAAACAAUUUGGGGAAAAACCAAAAAAAAGUUUUUUGUUUAUAUUUAUAUAUAUCUCUAUCCUCUGUUUCUUGUUCUCAUAUUUAGGACUGAAAUUGAAACUUCACUCUGAAUGCUUCAUCAUUAUUUUAUUGAAUAACCCUGUUAUUGUCCAUUGUACCUUCAUUAGACCAAUUGGUUUAAAAUAAACUUCUUUACUGGAAAAGACCGCAUGAAUUAUGUAAACCAGGUUUAAAAACUAUACAAAAUACUUACCUGAUGCCUAAAAGUACAAAUAAUUAAAGGAGUUCUGUGUAACAAUGCUGCUUUGUGCGUUUGCUUUCAGAUCAGUACAUUUUGUGGACUUCACAUCUGAUAAGUAUCGGAUACUGUCCGGUUCUGAUGAUUAUUCUUCCAAGAUUUGGGACAUUCCAAAUGGAGCUCAGAUUGUAAACUACAAGGAGCAUACAGAUUAUGUGCGAUGCGGCUGUACCAGCAAACUGAAUGAAGAUCUAUUUGUAACCGGUAUAUUUUAUUUUUUUAAUUUUAAAAAAUAAUCUGUUUGAAUGUUAGUUAGCAGCUACAUUGCCCACAUGCAGACUUAAUAGCUAAACAAAUAUUUAUCACUGCAGUUAAUGGUUAAACCUUUCACUGCUUGAUGGGGACGUGGCCUUAAUGCUAAUGCGAAUCUGGGCUUACUGGUCUCACCGCCGAAUAGAAACUUAAGAUGACCCACUAAAACCUGGGAUAUUGCCAUAUGUCCCCAGACUUAUUCCUGUGUCUGUCCCUUACUAACUCAUUGCCUUUCUUCCAGAGGGCUUUGGAUAGUGAAAGGUUUGACUGUUCCACGUGUGCUGCAGUUAAAUUCGUGAUCUUUUCUUUGUACUUUUACAGGGUCAUAUGAUCAUACUAUCAAAGUGUUUGAUACGCGAACGGAAAAGAGUGUGUUGACAAUGGAUCAUGAGCAGCCAGUAGAAAGUGUGCUUCUUUUUCCUUCUGGGGGCCUUCUUGUUUCAGCUGGUGAGUAAUUGUUCCAGUUUGUGUAUAAAAAUAAUAGAAUGUACAUGCGCACUGGAAUCCAGGUGGUCAGAGAUUCAAUCUUUUAAGCAGUGUUGUACGACUUUACAAACUCAAACUGUAAUAAUCUGACCUGUGACUCAUAAAGGUUUCUAAACUGCUAUGUUUACAUUGAGGGUUAACCCCGCCUCUAGUGGCUGUCUCCCGAUUCUCAAUGCGAAAAUCGCAUUGAACUCACACUGAACAUUUAAAGGCACGCACGGCUCUGGCCAUGCAUUUGGAACAGGGGGAGGAGAGGUCACCGGUGCUGAAGAAAGGUAAGUGGCUAAAGACGUUUUAUCCUCUUCAGCCCAGUGGGAGGAUGCCCUGAGGGAAGGGGGGGGACCUAAUAACCCUAUAGUGCUAGGAAAACGAGUUUGUUUUCCUAGCACUAUAGUGGUCCUUUAACCCCUUAAGGACACAUGACAUGUGUGACAUGUCAGGAUUCCCUUUUAUUUCAGAAGUUUGGUCCUUAAGGGGUUAAUGAUCCAUUCUUUAACUGUUUAAUUAAACUUAAUUCAGGAAAACCCUUGUAUUUGACUGUAGUGUCAGAGGAAUCUCUGAUUUAGGAACACAAUUCUGCUAUAGUAAACCAUUUUUGGCUGUUGCCAAGGGUCUGUCUAAUGUAGGUCUGUUGCAACCAGUUGGACUGCUUGUAAUAUUUUGUCAGAUCUUGAGUCAGACUUCCAAAGCCACAGUAUUCCUCUUUGUCAGUCAUUUUAGUGUUCGGUCACCUGCAAACAUUUUUGGCUUCUUUAUGCGUGGUCUUCAAAGAGUUCUAUGUAUUCGUCUUUGUGCGGAUAAGGCCACAUCCAAGAACAUCACUUCCAACUUGGUAUUGAUCUACUGUUUAGUAAUACGGUUAUUCCUCUGUGGCAGUACUGACUGACCACUUGCCCAUGGCAUUAUGUGUAGAUAUGGCAGCACCUAGUCUGCAUGUUAAUAAUAUCCAGUGCUAUGCAUGUGAUAGAAAUGUAACCAUAUACUCUGUCUUUCUGUAGUCUCUCAUUCCACCAUAGAUCUCACUUUUCCAAACGUUCCUGAAAUAUAAUGCAUUUGUUCUACUUUGGGGUACGUGAUUAAUAUUAAUACGUGAAAUGCCAUUUCAUUAAAGAUGAACCUUUUUUCCACACAAUAUAUUUGUAUUUUUCUGGCAUGUAGCGCAGUACAGGUGAGAUGAUCUACCUUCAGGUGGACAAGUAACCUCUACAUAAAAAUGCCAAUUAUUUUGGCAAUACCACUCCCCAUCAUGUCUUAAAUAACUGCUCUGAAACAAUGUCCCCAGUUUUGGGGUAGACGGAUCCUUUGUGUUUUGCUGAAGUCAUUUGUUAACAGAUGUUAAUAUCUCUGUUAUUCUUCCCUUUCAGGUGGACGAUAUGUCAAAGUCUGGGACAUGCUGAAAGGUGGCCAAUUACUCGUGUCAUUAAGAAAUCAUCACAAAACCGUCACUUCGUUGUGUCUAAGCAGCUCUGGUCAGAGGCUGUUGUCUGGCUCCCUCGAUCGGUACGCACUACGCUUUCAUUUCUUUCCUUCUGCACUUUGAGAUAUUGUACUCGCAAGAGAACGUAGAUCACUCCUCCCCCCCCACCCCCCCCAAUAGACCUAUUAGUUUUUUUUACCCACUUGACAUAUCCAGAAUGAGCUUGCUCGAGUAUGUCUUCACUUUCACCACAUAUUCUAGAAAUAAUAUACUGUUUUUGUUGUGCCUGAAAUUCUAGUUCAUACUGGCAUCAAAUUUCCUUUUAAUGUAUGUUACCUUUGUAAUGAGACUUUACUGUAACUUUUAUACAUUGUUUGUUUAAACACAGUAAGAUAAUUGCUGGUGGUUUACCACCUGUAAGUAAGUGAGGACCAUACAGAUGAAUAGUUCUAGAGUUCUGCUUGGUAACUUGUAGUAAUGUGAGCAGCAAUGGGGUUGCAGAUCCUGUGUGUCUGUGCACUAUUUCUCUGCACAUUUUAUUGUGUUAUUGCAUGCCAUUUUAACUGUGAGUUAAAGUAGGAACUGUUGUGUUUUUAUAACAGGCACGUGAAGAUCUACAGCACAAUGAACUAUAAAGUAGUUCACAGUUUUGACUACGCAGCCUCCAUUCUAAGCCUUGCGUUGGCGGUAAGUGUCAAAGUGGAUUUGAAUUUUUGAUUUCUAUUUUUUUUUUUUUUUCUUCUUCUCAUAUUUUUGGCAUUUAUUUCUACUAUACAAGAAUGAACUUGCAUUAUUGAUCAAGAAUAUUCAGGGAGCAACUAAUAAAUUAUAAAUUCUUAUUAUAAAUGAUCAGUAAAUCCUUUCCCCUACACUUUUUAUUUAUUUAUUUAUUUUUUUUUAAAUCUUAUUCAUUUUUAUUUUUUAAAAUAACUCUAGCCGGACGAUGAAAUGAUUGUGGUUGGAAUGACCAAUGGGGUGUUAAACAUUAAACACCGGAAACCUGCAGAGAAAAUUACCUCUCAAACUACCAAAAAGAGGCACCCACGCUACAGGAUGUUUGUCCGAGGCAAAGACUACAUGCCCAAACAGGUACUGUAAUAGCAAAUUAAACCCUGUUCACGGGAUUGUGGGGCAGCUCGUAACUUUUGGUAAAUCACCCUGACCCUUUUCUGCUUGAAUUGGAGAAUUGUCAUUUGGUCAUGCUGUAAUGUCACUGUCCAUUCAGAGAUUUGUAGUAUUUUUAUAAUGCAAGUUGUUAAAUCCGCUCUUCCAACAUUCUCUUAAUAUUAACAUCAUACACCGCUCUCACAAAAAUAAUUUGUUGAAAUUGUUUAAUAGAAUGUUUUUGUUUUGUUUUUUGUUUUGUUAUUGUUGUGUUUAUUUUAUUUUCUUUUUAGGACGACAUUUUUAUCAGUAAACCUGUAAGGGAACACUUAAAGAAAUACGACAAAUUGCUUAAAGGUUUUGAAGUGUCAAAGGCCCUCGAUGCAGUUUUGGAGGUAAGCAUGUGUGUGUCUUUUGUCUUUAUAGUGACUGUCUAUACACUGUUACGUUAAAUCAUUAGCACCAUUGAAGUUGGUAACAUACAAAAUUGCAACUGAUGUUAAUUGCAAGAUGGGGAUUGCAAAGUUUUUAGGAGGCAAUGCUGCCAUUCUAUCGCAAUUCAUUGUGUUUCUCUGUUAUUGAUUGUGUCAUAUUUCCCAUGACUAGACACAGAUCGGAAGAUAAUGAUUUGAAGAGGCAGAGAACCAAUAAUCACAUAGUUAAUGCGUUGGAAUGGUACAAUGCAACCAAGUAGAAGAGGAAUGAUGUGUGCAGGCACAGACCAGGGGGGAAUUAAAAAUGGGAAAAAUGUAAGAGGGAGCCAUGUUAGAGAGGAUUCUGUAAGUCAGAAUAAGACGUUUUAAACUUGAAGAAAUGGGAGGGUGGAGUAUGACAUUACAAAGUGGAUGAGCAGAAGAACAGUGUUUUGCCUGUAUUAUGUUAAUCUAUCGAAGCUUGCAAUUUGAUUAGUUUGGCCUGAAAUUUUGAAAUUCACUUUGAAUGCUCACUUUGGUAAAUUAAUUGUACUUUUUAAAAUAUUUGUGUAAAACCGGUAUCGUGCCCUCACUUUUCCUGAUUUACCAAAAUACAUAAAGAGAAGUAGUUCAUGAAGUAACCUACAAACUGCUCAAUGUUUGUUUCUUUUUUUUCUCUUCUCAAACGAUAAUCUUCUAAAGUUGUAUUUUUAAUGUUAGUUUAUAUCGCGAGAGAAAUAAAGUGUAAUCUCUGGUUUUUACUUGCUACCUGGCUUUCCAUUCUUACUAGAAUUAUUGAGAGAGUAAUUAGAAAUCUAAUUCUUUUCAUGCUACAAUGCAGAAAAUCUGUAAAAUGUCUUUUGCAGAAGGCCAUGUGACUUUACCUACUAGAACAUGUUUUGUGGAAUUGGUAGGGUAUGGCUGAAAAUGGUAGGAAAAUACCUGACUUCACAUGCUUCCCCUCCUUCAGACCACUGAUUUAGUGAAAGAACACGGUCUGUUAGCCAAGGCUGUAUGAGUACUUCUAGUAUCAGCUGUGUAUCUGCACUUUGCAGGAUUCCUUCUAAUAAGAUUCCGUCCUCCCUUCAUCUUUCUUAGGCUCCACUUCGAAUCCAGAGGCCUGAAGUGACCGUAGCGGUUAUGAAUGAACUGAAGCGAAGAAGAACACUUAAAAAUGCUCUAGCUGGACGGGAUGAAAAACAACUCAACCUUCUUCUCACCUUCCUUCUGAAGUAAGACCGAGAUGUUACUCCUGAUUUCAAAUCUCACUUUUAAUCAAUAAUGAUGGUUUGAUUGCUACUAAAGAUGUGGUUUUUCUUUUGUUUUGUUUUUUCUCAAACUAUUCUUAUGUAGUUAAAUUAACUUUACUUUCAGUGGUUUUGUGUAGUAAUGUUUAAGAUUGACACGAGAUGUAGUAAACUGGCAACUCUUAAUUUUUCCUCUGAACAGAAAUCUGGUAGAACCAAGAUUUGGUCCAAUCUUAGUCCAUGUGGCAGACCAAGUUAUAGGUAAGUGUAUGCUUUCAAUGACAAUCUUAAAAGGAAGGGGUGGGUGGGGGGAUGCUGUGUGAUUUGUGUGUUUUCUCAUUAUUUGAAUCCAAAAAGAGAAGGAAAGAAAAACAAACCAAAGGCAAUGGGUUAUGUGAGCAGCACACUGUGACUGGCAAUGCAAAACAGAGCCAGACAUGCAACCACCCAUUUAAAAAUGUCCUUGACAUUACUAUAUACCCACUCACUAGGAGAGAAAUACAUUUCUCAUCUGGUACACUGAUUAGUAGUGUGUAAAUGUUUUUGAAGUUCCAGUAGAGCUUUGAUCAAACACAAUAAAUACGUGUGACCAUGGCGACUUUAGUAAUUUAUAUCUUUUUCUGCAUAGUGAUGCCUCUUGGAUAAGAAAAUCUAUGGGGUGGCCAGACUCAUAACACUGCAGUGCGUUGUAGUUGUUAUGGUGCCAGGAGUGCCUCAGUUCUUUCCAAGUGUACAUAGUCAAACUAUUUAAGAAGCGUUAAGCAAAUCACCUAGGGUCCAAUCGCCACCUGUCUCCGUCUCCCAUGAUCCAGUGUCAGCUGAGUGCUCGUUAAUGAUGAGGCUUGGCGGCAGACCUUCCAAAUGCAAAGCAGGCAGUUCUCCAAUGGCUUGUUUACUCUGGGAGGGCAUUAGAGGGCUUGGUUUUUGUUUUGUUUUUUACAUAUUUUUUAAAAAAUUAGUUUUAUUUUUUUAUUUUUCCUUUCUGCAAACACAAAUAUUCUAAAGAUUUUUAUUAUUUUUUUUACUUGCAGAUAUCUAUGGACCAAUUUUUGGAAAGUCUCCGUUAAUUGAUAAGCAGUUUCUAAAGCUCCAAGAACUACUCGACAAAGAAAUCAAUUACCAAGAAGAGCUGCUAGAAGUUUUAGGCAUGAUGGACACUCUCUUUGCAACAAUGACUAUGAAAAAGGAAACGUCCCUUGCAGUAGACAAAUCAGUUGAUGUUCUAAAGCCUGUGCAGAGCAGCCAACCUGCCCCCAUGCAAACUGUCUGA